GAAAAAUUCGCGUUACAACCUGUGCAUUUCACAAAAUGUUCGCGUGUGCAAAGUUUAUUUAAAACUGCGAGGGUCAUUCGACCUUCCAAGUAAUUGCAGUAAGUGGGAUUAUGUCAAAGUUUGAUCCCUGGAAUUAUGACGACAAAAAAUUGUUUAACGUGAAAUGUGAAUACGCUUCAAGCAGAAAUGGAAAAUGUCCUGCACAUAUUCUCUUCGUCUGCAAAACCAAAAAAGAGGCUCUUGAGAAAAUAGAUGUUGAGGAAAGGUUAAAAUAUCCACCCAAAUCCAGAGCAAAACCUGCAACUUCUUCCGAUUCAGAAACUGCUGGAUUAAAGCAAAUUAAUGUCAAAAAUAAAGCAAUCGAAAGGAGUUUCACAGCACCCUCGAAAGAGUUAUCUCCGCUACUAGCAAACAAGAUUGCAAGACUAAAGAACCAAAUCAAAAUUCAGGUUGGGGAUUCUGAUGAGUAUGAAAGCGAGGAAGAGCCACUUCCAUAUUCGUCGCAGGACACGACAAACGGUGUUAGGGCCGUUCGUACAACAGCAGUCCGCAACUAUGACAAGUACGUGUCCGGAAUGGAAACGGGCGCACAGGCGAGUAAUGUGAACUACAGCAGCGUGAGUCAAAGCAGCGACAAAGGAGCCUGUGGUGAGGCCGGAAAUGGACCUCCUGGAAACAGCAAAUGACGAAAAUCAGGAGGUCGGUCAGGGCCACGACGUGAACGAGCUAUUCGUUUCCGAGACACGUGAUUGUAAGCCAGUACGAAGGAACCGUGACUAACACUUAUUCCACCAGACAAACUCUUGGAGGUCCCCAUGUCAUCCCUCCCAAUUAGAAUUCGCUUCUUGCGUACAGCAAAUAUGAACUUCAGAAAUGGAAAGUUGUGCAAAACUAACAACAUAGGAAUGAACUUAAGGCACAGAAUAUACUGAGACUUAUUGUUAAUUAUUGUGCAAAUAUCUCGGAGAAAAUAUGGAUUUGUACAUUCUUCUCACGGAAUGUGAUCGAAACCCCAGUGGACACAAAACUAUGAAACUCCCAAGAACGUCCUUGGAACGUUCCUGAGACGUCCUAUGUUAAGCCAAUCAACGUCUCUAAGACGUC